CACUACUUCCAUAAAGUCUGCAUCGAUCCCUGGCUGCUAGAGCAGCGCAGUUGUCCAAUGUGCAAACUGGAUAUCCUGCAAGCCUAUGGUCUGCGGCCCUACGUUGCCUUCUCCUUCGGCGAAGAUUCUAGUCUCUCACACGGCGGUGGCGGCUUCCACACCGAUGAGUCGGGCCCCGCGGCGGAGGAG